AUGGUGGAGACAGAAGCAUCAGCCGAGACCGAUCUCCAAAGGUACCUAAAGAAAACAUCUGACGACUCUGGCAAUCCCCCACCCGUACCACCGAAAGACUCACCCUCGGUGUCAAGCAAUGUCGACUCCCACUUCAUCUCCCGAAGCAUAUCUCGAACAGAUUCCAUUUUCUCUUUCUCCCGCGCAACCUUCAGUAGCCAAUGGUCCAGUCUCACUUCCAUGAAGUUACCUUCCUCCGAAUCGCUCUCUACUAGCAUAUCUGCUAUAUAUACAGCACAUAAAGCCAUCAGGGCGUUGACAAAUGCGGCGGAUCAAAUACAAAUGUGGGCUGGAAAAGCGAUCAAGAUCCUAAGCAAUCUGGAUGCAGACGACGACGUCGAAUGGGCUGCGGCUGCAGGACGAGAAGGCCUAGAUGAGACUGACAAGGCUGUGCGGAAGUUCGAAACACUGGUAAAUGUGUACGUGCAAGCGAUAGACGAACUGCAGAUGCGGCCCGAUGUUGGUGAGGUUGAAGCAAAGGAUCUACAGGACGUUGUUGACCAGAUGGAAUCGACCCUCGCAGAUUGGGAGGAUGUCCGAAAUUCGUUGAAGGCUGUGCACAAUCAAGUGGAACUGGCUAUGGAAUGGGAAGAGUUGUGGGGUACUGUGCUCGGAGAUGUUGGUGAAGAGAUGGACAGCUUAGGCCGACUUGUCUUUGAGAUGGAAGAAAAGAGACAUAUGUCAAUGCGUGAGGAUGCCCACACCGAUGUCAGCGAAGGAUUCGACCUAAACGAGCUGGAAAACAUGCUUCAUGAAGGUCCGAAAAGAGCCUCAAACUCAGCCACCAAUCGCUUUAGCCUGCCUUUCGGUUUCUCAUCCUCGCCAUUGGAAUCUUCUGCGUUUGAUAAGACACAAAAUGAUUCAAAUUUGUUGGCCUUAUUUGCCCGUAUGCAACCACUUCGGGCUUCCCUCGACUUCUUGCCAAUGCGUCUCUCCAUGUUCAAAGCACGGGCUGAGGAGGUCUUUCCAACUGCGUGCAUAGAAUUGGAGGAGAAGAGGACGCGGUUGGAGAAAGGCUGGAAGACAUUGGAAAAGGAAGCCGAGGACCUCCGAAGAGAACUGGGUGAGGACCGAUGGAUACUGGUCUUCCGCAAUGCUGGUAGGCAGGCGCAGAAGAUGUGUGAAUCCGUCGAGAGAAGCAUUACAAAGCUACAAGAAGCAAUCGACGCAGGAGCGCAGCACAACAAUCGAACAGCCCUUGCUAAGAAAGUCGAAAAUUUCGAGGCCAAACGCAUGCACUAUGGGCCUGCGAUUGAUCGUGUUCUGUCUAUCAUUCACAAAGGUGUCCGGGAUCGACUCACAGUCAAUGGAGAGAUCCUAAGAUUGCAUGCCGACAUGACUUCUCGGGUCCAAGCAAUGCAUCAAUCGAUGAACAUCAUGGAGGCCACUCUCGAAGAGUCCAAUGCCAAUCACAAUUCUGAGCUGCGAGACUCAAUAUCGAGUAUCAUUUCCAUGGAUCGGUCAAUGACGAGCAGCUUCAACGAGACGCCAGGUUCAUCUCCUGCUUCGUCGGUUGUUCUUUCCGGUGGCAAGCACGAUACACCGCCAGCAAAUGGGACUCGUGGGUAUCGAUCGACUUCUUCUUCACGUCCUCCAACUGGUCAUAAACGCUAUGCAUCAUCGCUGAAUAAACGACCGGCAACGCCCCUCUCAUCGCAUUCCGCUAGCACCCUUCCAGCUAGAACUGCAUCUCCUUCGCCUGGCCAGCCGUCUGUCUAUCGCCAAGGUAUAUACAAGCCUCCCACUGCCCCACUACCUCGACCAGCUGCCACUCCACUCAGCAACAAGCCUAGAUGGAGCAGUAGCGGUAAACCCAGCAACCCAAAACCUGCUUAUGGUGCCAGGACUGCUUCAGGUACAAUGUCGUCCCCGCUGGGUAGGCAUCAUCAGCCCUCUCGAUCGGGGUCCUCAUUUUCCUCUUUACCAGCCCCAAGUCCAUUGAGUCGAGAAGCAACAAGCUCGCCCAAUAUUCCACCAACAAACGCCAUGCGACGAGCGUCGAAUCUGCAAUCCUUUGCUGAACGAGUUUGCACCCCGGUCCCAGGAAGUGCUCAAAAUCCGCUGCCACACCAUCGUGGUCGCCACGUGACGGCGCCAGUCCACACAUCACCUCACCUUGGCACCAUCAGAUCUCCUUCAUCGCUAGCCGUCCACAACAGAAGCAAGCCUACAAUGAAUCGGGCACCUUCAUCACUUGCACACCAAAGAUCGUCUUCGAAGCCGCUGGCCUCGAAGACAAGCAAUCCAGUUUCGAGAGGCGACAGCGGGAUUGAUAUUGGCGAUGAUGAAGACUUGGAUCAUGACUUGGAGAAUCUCCAGCUGGACAGAGAAUUGAGCUCCAGUCCUUCAAUGAGACCUAGGCUAGCUCAGAAUCAACGACCAGGAUCUGUGGCAGGCAGGAGAUUGAGUAUGUUACCUCUUCCGACAAACAAAAUCAAAGGCAGUACUGUCAUCUCGAAUGCUAGCGGCAGAGAAAGCUCACUGAGCAAUAGGCCUGUUUGGAAGUGA